AUGUCAAGCAUUUACAAUUGGAAUGUACCAAUCACGGUGCCUCCGGUCCACGAUACUACUCCGUGCAUGGAUUACAUGAUUGCUUACGAAGAGUGCUUAGUUGACGCAGUCCCUCGCAAUAUGGAAGUCUUUCAUCCAAAUUGGCCAACCAUGUGGCCUCGUCUCCUAACUGACGGGAAGCUAAGACCAGAUCUUUUAGACGACGAAACAGCUGAAAUAGGACCUGUAAUGGACAGAGCUUUUACCUGGAUGAAGCCACUCUCAGAAAGCGUAAAAGAAAAGCUUUGGGAAUGCGAAGAAGAGAGAUUUCUAUAUAAAGGAUGCUUAAGGAAGCUGUUAAAUAAAAAGAAUGACCCUAGAACGAGAUACCCAUUUUGGCAGCCUGAAGAGCACUCCACUAAAGCCCUUGGAAGACGUCUUUAUGUUGACCCAAGAAACAGAUAUCCAACUGAUAUGAAUCAUGAUGUCAAAGAAAGCGACCAAGACUAUGUCAGAAGACGCUGGGAAAAGUUUGUGGAGGAUGGAGGGGAUUUAUAA